CCUGAACCUGCCAUGUCAACGUCACCUCCUCCAGCCAAUGUCACCGACAUGGACGUCGACAAGCUCUCUCCAGUCGACAAGCACUCCGUAGUCGACAAGCCAGACGCAAAAGUCAUCAUCAUCACAAAUUUGACACGCAACGUCGUCGAAUCUCACCUCAAAACUGUUUUUGGUUUCUACGGCGAAAUCAUCAAAACUGACCUACCACUCUUUGGAAAAUCCGGCCAAAACAGAGGGAAAGCAGCCUUGGAAUUUGCAGACCCUCCCUCAGCUCACAAAGCUGCCUCUCACAUGAAUGGUGGUCAGCUAGACGGCGCCAUCCUUCAAGUCUCACUCUCGGACUUGCCUGUCCGCAGCCGUUCGCGUUCCCCUCGCCGUGUUCCUCCCCCACGCAACGCCCGCGACAGACCUCGAUCCAUCUCCCGCUCUCGUUCUCGCUCACGCACACGCUCUCGUUCACCACCACUGGCCUACAGAAGAAGGCCCGAUGGACAUCCACCAAGGGACUCUUUCAGAGGAAGAGGGUUUGGUCGGAGAGGCGGUCCACCAGGGCGCGACCGCGAUAUGUACAGGCGUGGGCGUUCCCGUAGCCGCUCGCGUUCCCGCUCCCCUGUUCGUCGUGUUGCAGGAGAGAGACCGCCGCUACCUAGGAGGCGUUCUCCCAGCUACUCUCGUGGAGGCUAUGGUCGUGCCCGCAGGUCCAGGUCCCGAAGCUACUCUGUGCGGUCCAGUCGUUCGAGGACGAGAUCGCUUUCCCGCUCUCGCUCCCGGUCCAUGUCAUACUCGUCGUAUUCAAGGUAUAGCCGCAGCAGGAGUCGCUCCCGGUCGGUGAGCAGAGCAAGAAGAAGCUACAGUCGUGACGAUAUUAGAGACAGCAGGUCCAGGUCUCCAAAGGACACCAAAGAGUCGUAGUGUAGUCUAGUUCCUUACUUUCUUGAUCGUUAUCCUUUUAUCUACUCAUUUUCAAAAAAUGGUAUAUUUUUCCAUCCAACAG